AAGGACAGCCAGCGCUGGCAGGAGUUUGAGAAGCUUCGUCAGGAGAUCCUGCGGCUUCUGGCUCAGGCUGAGCAGGAGUUGGUCAACAUCGGACUCCUAGCCGACAUGGAACAGAAGAAGCUGGAACAGUGCAUCAAGGAGAAGCAGGAAGCCGCCAAGAAACUGCAGGAGUCGAUGGACAGCAUGCUUUCCCGGCUGCGAUCUUUGGCCGACGAACUGUCUACACAGCUGGGACCCCAGAGGGAGACCCUGUUGCGUGCCGAGCUGGACAAGACGGAGCGCAAGACGACCACCAUCCUGACCACUGUGCACGAGACGGUGCAUCGGCUGGAGACGGCAGCCAGCAAGGGCACCGACCUGUCCGACCGCCUGUCCCGGCUCAGCCAAUGGCUCGACACGGCUCAGGACAAACUGACGGCAGCCACUGAGGGCCCGGUACCCGAACAGCUGGAAGAGGUCCAGGACCUGAGCAAGGAGAUCGAGGCCAAGCGCGAGGUCCUGGAGCAGAUCGAGAAGGAGACACAGGAGCUUCAGGGUCAGCGGCCGGAGCUGGCGCAGAUGGCCACGUCACUGCAGUCGCAGCUCAAGGAGCUCGACCAGGAGGGCAAGGAGAUGAAGCAGGAGCUCAGCGACCGGCAGAUCCGCAUCGAGGUGCUCCGCGAGCGUACUGUGCACGAGCGCAAGGAGCUCGAGGACACGGAGGCCAACCUGGACCAGGGCCUGCCCACACCCGACUCGCUCGAACAGCUGGCCGCCAAGCAGGAACAGCUCCAGAAACUUUAUGAAGUCACAAAGAAGAAGAUUGAUGCUCUCUAUGACCUGGCUGCUGAAGCGGGAUCAGAUGAACCGGACUUGCAGCGCACCCUGGCUGAAAUCAUGGAGCGCUGGAAGCAAAUCAAGAACAUCUUGGAGUCUUGGCUGGAGUCGCUCGACAACACGGGCGAGAAGUGGAAGGUGAUUGUGACAAGAGUUGAAGAAGUCGUCACCUGGGUGACCGAAAAGGAGCGGCAGAUGGAAGAACCACUGAAGGGAACCACGCCCCCUGAAAUGGAGAAGCAGAAAGAGUCACUGAGGAAUCUCGCCAAUGAAGUGACCCGCAAGCAGCAAACUCUGAGUGAGUUGCAGAGCAACAUUGAGCAGCUUGGUCCUGGUCUGUCCCACACAGCACUGACAACCCUGCACGCUCAGGUUUCCGAACUGCGCAAGCGCGCCAACGACCUGGCUACCACGGUGCGCCAGCUGGUCAGUCAGCUGACCUCUCAGCUGUCGGAGCGGGAGGAGCUGCUGCGGCGCGUGGAGCUGUGCCACGCGGUGCUGAACCAGCUGCGCCAGGAGGCCGAGGAGGCCAGCGACAUCAACAUGGGCCAGCUGGAAGGGCAGCUACGCAAAGUGCAGACAAUGAAAGAGGAGCUAACAAGCAAGAAGGCCGAGAUCGAGACGCUCGGCCGGACACUGUCCGAGCUCUCCGACACCCUCGCACCGGAGCCAUCGGAACAGCUCCUCAAGAGCCUAGAGAGCCUCAAGGCAACGCUCGAGGAACUGUGCAAGCUUCUGGAGAAGCGAGAGGAACUUCUGCAGGACGUCAUCAAGUUCCAGUCCUGGCAGAAAGACUUCAUUGAGCAGGUGCGGCUGGUGCAGCAGAACGUGGAGUCUCAGCGUGCCAAGGUGGACAACCUCGAGGAGACGGCCAAGGAGUUGCGCAACCUGAACGAGCAACUGAAGAAGAAAGUUCCCGAGGCCACCAGCACCGACAAGUUGGCCACUGAGGUGCAGGUGACGUUCAGGGACAGCAGCACCAACAACGUGACGAGCCUGCGCGGACAGACCGACAAGUUGCAGGGCCACCUGGACAAGGUGGGCAAAGUGCUGCAGAAGAAGCAGGAAGAGGUCACCCAGCUGGAAAACAAGUGGGACAACUUCAACAAGAAGUUGGAGGACACCAAGCAUUUUGUAACCGUCACAACCGAGACUCUGCACAGUCUACAGCCUAAGUCGGCCACGCCCGAAGCCCUCGCCAUCAUGGUCGACGAAGUCGAACAACUUCAAAAGAAGUUGAAGGAGCAACAGAACGUCCAGGACACCACGCAGCAGUUGGGUCGGUCGCUCAUCGAAGCAGACGCAUCCUGCUUCCCCAAGGUCCAAGAACCGCUGGGCUCUUUGGCUUCUGACUGGGAGAACCUGUCCUCUGAAGUGACCAGGACGUUGAAGCUCCUGGGGUCCACCCAGAGUCUAUGGAAGGAAUGCCGACAGCUGGAGAACAAGCUUGACGACACGAUGGACAAAGUGGAGAAAACCUUGGAAGAGGUUGAGGCUACUCCGGCUGAAGACGGGAAAUCUCUCACCGAGAACGCGGAGAAAGUUGGGGCUCAGCAGGAAGAAGUUCGCAGGCAGCAGCCGGUCUUCGACUCGUACCAGCAGAAGACGCAGGAGCUCAUCGAGAAGACCGAAGCCAUUGAGAGUCUCGCCCCGGCCGGCGAGGAGCUCAAGGAGUCGCUCAAGAACCGCGAAGACCGCUGGCGCAAGGGGGCCCAGAUGCUGCAGUCCAUGCUGCGCGACCUCGAGGGCCGCUACACCGUCUGGAAGCAGGCUGAGCUGACCCGCGAAGAGAUCCUCGCCUGGCUCGAGGACAUCUGCGAGUGCAUGCGUGGGGCCCUGGAUCACCUCGCCCAGGGAGAGCAGGGACGGGCUGUGCUGGACCGCUACGAGACGGAGCUGGCAACUCAGCAGCAGCUGUUUGCCAACCUCCAGGAGCAGCUGGAGUCGCUGGAAAUGCCGCAGGCUUUGGACUCAGCUCGCAGCUCCAUCCAGUGCGGUUUCGAAGAAGCACAGGACCUGGCCGACCGGCUGCACUCCAUGCUGAGCCAGGUGGAGGAGCAGGAGGCUGACGUCAAGACUGAGAUGGACAAGUUUUCCGACUGGCUGCGUCAGCAGAAGGAGGCCCUGUCACGCUGCGAUAACACCACGGGCUCUGACGAAGUGCUAUUGCAGCGUCUGGAGGAAUGCCGGAAACUGGAAGAAGCUCUGAACAAGAAUGACGGCCUGGGCCGAAUCGAGGAGAAGAUGGCAAGGCUGGUGCGCAACCAGCCAGACCUGGAGGUGCGCCACCUUCAGAGGGAACAGGAGAAACUGAAAGCCAGGCUUGAAGCUGCCAAGAACCAGGCUGCAAGGGCUUCAGCAGCGCUACUGUCCAUUCUUGACCGCCACCACCAGGGCACACUGGCUGAGCUGCAGCACUGGCUGUCCACGGCCAACGACAAACUGGCGUGGUGCAGUGGAGGUGCCGAAGGAGCCACGCAUGGUGACCGCUUCGGGCUCGAGGCUCGGCUGGUCACGCUUCAGGAACUGGAGUCCACUCUGGAGCAGGGAGAGAAGCGACGCGAGCAGUACUGCAACUCCGUCAACCUCCUGAGCCAGGCGUGCGCGCCCGAGCGCGUGCCCUCGCUACAGGACGAGUGCAGCCGCAUCUGCAACGAGUGGACCACAUUCACGUCCACCCUGACCCAGACAAGGGAGGCCCUCAAGCGCAGCCUCGACCAGUGGCAGCACUUCGAGACGCUGUUCGAGAGCCUCUCGGACUGGCUGCGGGACGCGGAGGCGAGAGCCAAGAGCGAGGCGGCUAGUCAAGUCGACCUGCCCUUGCUCAAGGACCAAAUCUCUAUCCUCAAGUCUCUGCUGGAAGAAGUGCACGGCCAGAAGCCCAGCAUGCAGGAGCUGGAGUCGACCGUGACCAGCGUCACAGCCCAUGUGCCGGACACCCAAGUGCCCAACCAGGUGUCCCAGUUGGCUGCCCGGCUAAUGCACUUGGAAGCCACGCUGCAGGGUGCGCUUGCUCAGCUCGAACAGCUUGAGCAGACACAGAAGGCCUUUGAGCAGGCCAAGCAAGACCUACGUGACUGGCUGUCCCAAAUGGAAGCCAGCCUGGACGGCUGCAAGAACGUCCCCGGUGACCAAAAGGCACUGGAGGCUCACCUGAAGAGACUCCAGGAGCUGCAGAAGCAGAAGGGAGCCGGACAGGCACUGCUCAACGCAGUGGUGGACAACGGCGAGUCCAUGUACCUCUCGCUGAGCGUGGAGAGCAGGGACCAGGUGCGCAAGGAGACCAGAGGCCUGCGAGACGCCUGGGACUCGGCCUGGGACAAGCACACCGCCCUGGUGAAGGGACUCGAGUCCUCUCUCAUGGCCUGGAGUGGCUUCCAGGACAGCUGUGGCCGUGUCUCUUCGUGGCUCGCGGAUAUGAACACUCUGAUCGGAAGCGACGUGGAACUCAAGCCGAACUUGUCUGAGAAACAGUUGCAACUCCAGAACAUCAGGGCACUGUCUCAGGAUGUCAUGUCACAUCAAGCGGUGGUCUCCAAGCUGCAGACCAAGAGCCAGGAGCUGAAAGAGACGUCGAUGGCGGGUCAGGUCGAUGGCUUGGUGUCCGACUAUGAAGCACUCUGCACUCGGACAAAGGCAAACAUAGCUCAAUGCGAGAAACGCGUGAGUGAGCACGAAGCCUACCAGCACAGCCUGGAACGUUUCCUGGACUGGGUCAGCACGCUUAAGGCCACUGUUGAUGGCCCUGAAGAACAGGGUGACAUGGAAGCUGUCAAGGCCAAGAUGGCUGCAUAUGCGCUGGUGUUGGAGAGCGAGCCGGAGGCCUGCGCCAAGCUGGAGCACCUGCGGGAUGCCCUGGAGUCACGCGUGUUGCCCGGCACCUGCCCGUCAGGACACGAGGCGCUGCAGGAGCAGUACGCAGCUGCGCGAGCCCAGUGGGAGGCCCUGCUGGACGCCUGCGAGGAGGGCCACUCGCAUGCCAAGGAGACGCUGGAUCGCUGGGACGAGGCCACUAAGACACUGGACGAGCUGGAGCAGUGGCUGGCGUCCCAGCGGGCCCGCUGCCAGGACAUUCCGCUGCAGGCCACCGCAGAGGCCAAACGGCAGCAGCUGGACACGUUGAAGAAAGUGGAACAGGACGUUGUUGCCAAGGAAAGCGACUUUUCCGUGCUGUCCAAGAACGCCCAAGCCGCACCAACGGACACCAUGCUGACACCCCAGCUGGACAAACUGCGCAGCAAAUACCAUCUGCUCAGGAACACCAUCAAGGAGGCCGUGGCCAAGUGGGAGAAAUUGGCCAAGCAGCACGAGGCCUUUGACAAGCUCCUGGCUGAGCUCGAGGAGUGGCUCAAGCAACCCGAGAAAGAGCUCGACGAGAUCGUCGAUGCCAAGGCUGACCUGGCCUCAACGCAGGAUCAGAAGAACAAGCUUGAGAACUUGAGCGACCGCCUGGCCCAGCGGAGCAGCAGCAUGGAUGAGCUUGUGGAGUCCGGUGAACGCCUGUACUCUCACACUGCACCCGACGGAAGGGAGACUAUCCGGCAGCAGCUCAGACAUGUCAAAGGUCGCUGGCAGACCCUGGUGGAGCGUUCGACCGAAGCCCUGGCCGAGCUGGACCAGCGGCUGCAGCAGUUGUCGGGCCUGUCCCAGAGUCAGGACCAGCUGCGCCAGUGGAUCGAGGACGUCAAGACGGCCCUGGACAGCUGCAGCCAGCCCCGGGCCACGCUCCAGGAAAAGAAGGCUCAGCUACAGACGCACAAGGUGGUUCACCAGGACAUCUUGUCUCACCAGCCAGCCAUAGACAGCAUGUGCGAGCGAGCUCAGAAUCUCUCAGCCACUGCCGCUGGCAAGGACACCCUCGGAGACCACGUUCAGAGCACCAAGGCUGCUUUCCAGGAGCUCUGUACAAGGUCACAGGGUUUGACUGGCCAGCUGACCUCCGCUGUGGAAGAUCACCAGAAGCUGGUGGACAAGGUGGUGGCCUUCCAAGACUGGAUCCAGAGCUUCCAGGAUCAGCUGCAGGAGCAUAAGGACACGACUGGAGAGAAGAAGGCCAUUCAGGGACGCCUGGAGCAGCUUACGGAACUGACCGAGAAGAGCAAGGAGGGCGAGGUGCUACUGACCGAGGUCCGAGAGCAGAGCCAGGUGGUGUCGGCCCGCAGCUCCCCGCAGGGCCAGGCACUGCUGUCUCGUGAACUGCAGGGGCUGCAGGAGCUCCUGGGCAAGACGCUGACCUCACUGCAAGAGGCACGGCGCAACCUGGAGAACACGCUGCAGCAGUGGGGCGCCUACGAAUCGCACCUGGCCUCCCUCACCCAGUGGCUGUCGGACACGGAGGCCGAGCUGCGCGCCCCCCAGAUGCCGGCGACGCUCGCCGACAAGGAGGCCCUCUCCACACGCGGAAAGGAGCUGCGUAAUAAGAUUGCCGAAAAGCAGAAGAGCGUGGACAGCUUCAUCGAUGAGGCCCACUGCCUUCUUCAGCUGUCUGGCGUGGAGCUUGUGCGUGCGCAAAUGUCGCAGUGCAAUGCCAGAUACCAGUCCCUGCUUGCGACGAUAAAGGACUUGGCUGCUCGCUGGGAAGGCAUGGAAAAAGACCAGCGAGAGUACGAGAAGGCAGUGGCCAGCUGUAAUGCCUGGCUGGACGAGGCAGAGCAGACGCUGAGCCAGAUCCAGACAGACAAAGCAGCACCAGAAGAGAAGCUGACUCGACUCGAGACGCUGAUUGUGGGCAAGGUUCACGGCCAGCAGCAGCUCAACCUGGCGUCUCGCCUUGGAGAGCAUCUGUACCAGGACACCGCUGCGACAGGAAGAGAUCAGGUGCGGCUCGAGCUGCGUGAACUGCACGAGCGAUGGGAUUCCUUGGAGUCCAAGAUCGCGGAUCUGCAGAAGCAGCUGCAAUUGCAGAGCCAUGCUCGCAGCAGCUUUGUUGAUUCACUGAGCCAGGUCCAAAUGUGGCUUGACAAUGCCGAGAGAACCGUUGCCGAAGCCCGAGACAAGCUCCCAUCACUCCAGGAAGCACAGGGACGCCUACACUCACUCAAGCUGCUGCAGCAGGAGGCAGUGCUGCAGCGAAGGCAGCUAGAUUCCUUGGAAGAGAUGUCUCGGGGCGAUGCGUCAUCUAAGGAGAGCCUCGAGACAACGUCAACGCGCCUUGGCAUUGUCACUGAAGAACUGAAGACGUUGCUGGCCGGCCUCGAGAGGCUGUCGGCGCUGGCGCAGGAGCAGCGCGAGCGCAAGGAGCAGCUCGCCGCCUGGCUGGAACAGAUGCGCGAACGACUCGACCUGUGCCGAGACGUCACCGGAAGCCGGCCCGUGCUCAAGACCCGCCUCGACAAGCUUCAGGAGCUGGAGAAGCAACAGCCCGAAGGGACUUGCAAGGCCCAGGCGCUGGCCGAGUGCACGGCGACACUCGUGACGCUGCUGACGCCACGCGAACGGGCCACCCUGGAGCAGGAGAGUGGCACGCUGGAGGGCAGCGUGGCCCGGCUGGGCGCCGAGGUGGAGCAGGCGCGCCACGCACUGUCGGCGCAGCUCCGCCUGUGGGACGCCUAUGAAGAGCACUACGAACGACUGCUGGGAUGGUUGCAGGGCGCCGAACAGACAGUGCAACAGUUUGCCCUGCAGGCCACCCUCGACGAGAAGAGGCAGCAGCUGGACAAGUUCCAGAGCCUGCUGAGCGAACUACACGCAACAGAACGAGACUUCGACUCCCUCUCGGACAAGGCUCAGGAGCUGAUGGUGUCCAGUGGAGAGAUGCGACUUUCCAUGGCUGUCGGCCAGCUCACGGCACGAUUCCAGUCUCUCUUGGAGACAUGCAAGGAACUGGUGAAGAAGUGUGAGCAACACGUCCAGGAUCACUCCCAGCUCGAGAAGAAGCACGCCGAGUGCGCCAAGACCCUCGCUCAGGCACAGGAAGCGUUUGUCGAAAUUCAGGCUCUUCCAAGCGGCAACAAGGAGAGACUCUCCCACAAGUUGGCAAGAGUGAAGGAGCUGCUUCAGGGCAAGAGUGAAGCCCUGAACCUGGUGAACGCGACGGUGCAGCUCGCUGACCAGGUUCAGGUGGGCAGCUCGCCCGAGGGCUGGAAGGCCAUCCAGGGGCUCCUGCAGCAGCUGCAGUCGGCCUACGAGGCCGUCUUCGACAAGGCCCAGAACCUGGAGCGCGUGCUGCAGUCGUCACAGUUCCUCUGGUCCGAGUACCAUGAGGCCCUGCAGAGGCUGCAGACCUGGCUCAAGGGCCUCGCUGCCAAGGCCGAGGGGGCCUCGCGCCUCUGCACAACCCUGGACGAGAAGAAGGCGCACCUCCGCACCUGCCGAGGACUUCUUGCAGAGCUUAACGAACGUGAGCAAGCCAUUGAAGACAUCCAGAUCAAGGCUGAAGCCAUCGCCGACCGUGACAAUGAGUCCCAGGAGAUGCUGGAGGGCGUUGUCAAAGGCCAUAAAGAACAGACACAGAAGCUUCAGGAGGCAGUGAAGUUCUUGGAGGAUGCAGUCACGCAGCACGAACAGCUGAGCAAGCACUUGGGCAACGUGCGAGACUGGUUGAGCAGCACACAGGAGCAAGCCGUGGCACUUUCGAACCUCGGCCUCGACCAGCUGGCUUUGUACAGCAAUUUGGAAAGGCUCAAGAGGCCCGAAGACCAACGCCAACCGAACUGGGAGAGCCAGCUGCCUGGGGGCCGCAGCCACCAGGACGUGCCAGGGUUGUGUGGACACCCCGAUGGCCUAUGCUCCCUCAAGGCCACGGCGCAGCACGCCGAAAACCCCGAGCCCCGCCAGACCGGAGGAGCCCGAACCAUGCUGGAGAGGCCGCCUGGAAUGAAACGCCUCGCUGACUCGCUCCUCUCAAUCACCACCAACGACCAGAGAGGCGGGACCCAAGGAGACGCGGUCCGGACCACGGGGCUGCAGGAGCAGGCCAGACCUACCGCAGCAGUGACGGCGGAGGCGACGACUGGGGAAGCCAUGACGCAAGGUGGCACGGCAGCGAAGACCGUAACGAGAUGA